UCGUUUCGGCGAAGCCGGUGGACUCAGCCGUUGUGAACUUCGAUGGAGCUGUCCGAGACGAAGACAACUAUGUGCUUGGAGAUGAUGAUUCGGAGGACGAAGAUGGAGCCGAGCUCCCCACAGCCCAUCCUUCUCCACCGACGACGUCAUCGACGACACCCAUCUCCUCGUCCUCGAAGUAUUACAUCAAGAAAGGAGACACUUUACAGGGAAUCGCACUGCGUCUCAGUGUAGAUGGACGCGAGCUCUGCCGCCUGAACAAACUCCCCCCGAGCACACUCACCACAACGCCUCACAUCCUUCACACCCGGAUCUUCCUAGAUCUUCC